UGGUGAGUAAUUGUAGGAUUAUUGUGCAAUGGCUGAAACCAGAGCCAUAUUAAUUUACUACUAGCCUCAUGCAGAUUGUGUUCUCAGCGCUGUCGGGUUGUCAAUGGAGUAGUGAGGCUGAGGCUAGCCAUAAAAAUGUGGGAAGUUUCAUACAAGGCGGCCUUGGAUGUAACAUGAUAUCUGCACAAGCUUCAGAACUGAAUAAUGCACCCCAGUCAAUGGAAUGUAACAACUUUGCUAACUGGUGAUCCCCUUUUAUCAUUGGCUUACUUUCCACACCCUCCAGUUGUCUGAAAUUAGUGCAUUGAUUUCUAGGCAAUGGCUAACAGAUAGCCAUGCAUGUCAGCAAACACUGUUGGUACGUAAUUACAUGUUUCAGACUGGAAGUAAACCCCACUUCAUACUCUCUCACUGUUCAGGAUGGUAUCAGUCCGCUCUAUGUUGCCAGUCAAGAAGGACACUCUGAUGUAGUGGACAUUCUGCUAGAGGCUGGUGCUGAUGUCCACCAGGCCACCACCAAGAGUGGUGCUGUUCCUCUGGGGAUAGCUGCCCAGCAGGGACAUACUGAGACAGUUCAGAGACUGUUGGAGGCAGGAGCCAACGUCAACCAGCAGAACAAG